UUAAGAAAACCCUGUUUCAUUUUUUUUUAUUAAACUCCUGUUCUUGUAUGUUUUCAAUGUUUUUCGCCGCAGUUAUGCACCCUCUGUUUUACCUUGUACUUGUUUAGUUGUCCCAACUGGGUAUUGAUGGGUGUAUCUUAAUGUCGUUAACAUGCGUUCGUGGAUGUGGUUUGCUUCGCCGCCAACGCCAGUGCUUCAGUUUUGUUUCUUCCUCUGCUUCUUCUGCACUGAUGAUGGAAGACCACGUGUUUGAUGAAAGUCCCAAGUCUUAUGCUAAAUUUGUGAUUGACAGGCCUGUGCUCCAAGUUCCCGCAACAAGGAGGGGUUAUUUUCCUUUAGUGUCUAGGGUGCUCAAAUCACUGAGUUGGAGGGUGGCUAGAGAAGUAAGGUUUGGGAGUUGGGUUGACAGUCAUGGGUUUCCUCAUUCAAUCAAUUGUUUUAGGAUUAUGGUUCAUGCGUUUGCUUUGGCCGGGUUGCGUUUGGAAGUGUUUGCUUUGCUUCGAGAUGUUGUUGAGUUCUGUAACGAGGCCAACUACAACACCUUUGAAUUGUUUUCAGCUUUGCUGGAUUCACCCCAUCAUGUUGAAAGAUCCGGCGUAGUAUUUGAAGUGCUUAUGAAAGUGUUCGCAUCCAACUCUAUGUUGGAAAAUUCUCUUAGUGUCUUUGUGAAUGCUAAGAAUGUUGGGCUUGAGCCUCAUAUAAGGACAUGCAAUUUCUUGUUGAAAUGUUUGGUUGAAGCGAAUAGAGCGAAGUGUGUUAGAUGGUUUUUUGAGGAAUUGAAGGACCGUGGUCCAUCGCCAAAUAUCCACACCUAUACAAUCAUGAUGAACUUUUAUUGUAGUAAUGUUGGGCGUGAUUCAGAUAUGAGACAGGCUGCUGCGAUUCUAGGGAAAAUAUAUCAGAUUGGGGAAAAACCAACUGUUGUCACGUAUAGUACUUAUAUUCAUGGACUUUGUAAAGUUGGUUGUGUUAAGGCAGCGCUGAUGUUAAUUCGCAAUUUGAACAAACAAAAUCAGCCUCUCAACAGUCAUUAUUUUAAUUCUGUAAUUUAUGCGCUGUGUAAAAGAAGUGACGUGUGUGAGGCUUUGCAAGUUUUUGUAGAAAUGAAGAGCUCUGGGAUAUUGCCAGAUGUUUAUAGCUACAGCAUAUUAAUUGAUACGUUCUGCAAGAAAGGGGACCUAAUAACAUCUUUUCACCUGUUGGAGGAAAUGCAACGCUCCCAGGUAAAACCAUCCAUUGUUAGCUACACCCCCCUCAUCCAUGGUCUGUGCAAGAAGAAUCUGUUACAGGAUGCAGUGAUAAUAUUCCGCAGUAUUGGUGCUUCUAGUGUCAAAUAUGAUCAGAUUAUUUAUGAAACUUUAAUUGAUGGUUUUUGCACGCAAGGUGAUGUGGAUUCAGCCAUCAAGCUUUUAAAGAAGAUGACCUGCUAUAAUUUGGUUCCUUCUGCUUCUAGUUACCGCAGUCUAAUUGAGGGAUACUACAAACUAGGACUAUUCGAUCAGGCAUUGGGUGUUUUUGAAACCAUGCUACGAAAUGGUAUUUGGCCAGAUACUACCGCAUGCAAUUAUAUUCUUGAUGUAUAUUGUAGGGCAGGUUACUUCAACGUAGCCUUGACUUUGUUGAAGAACUUCGAAGAACAUGGAUUUAACCUCAACCAACAUUCAUAUAAUGCAAUCAUCGGUAAACUUUGUAAAGAAGGUUGCCCAGAAAGAGCAUUGGAGCUCCUGCCUAGAAUGCUUAAAAGGAAUGUACCUCCGGCAGUUGUUAAUUAUAUAACUCUUAUAUUUGGCUUUGCCAAACAGUCAAAUAUAAAAAGGGCUAUGAAGUUAUUCACCAGAAUGACAGAAGUAGGGAUCACUUUCAACAUUGCCACAUAUACAAUUCUUAUGAGUAUAUUUAGUCAUAGUGGCAACAUGCAUGAAGCAUAUGCCAUUUUUAAGGAAAUGAAAAAAAAGGGUUUGCAUCCAGAUCAGAUUUCAUAUACAACUUUAAUAGCUGGCUUUUGUAAUAUUAGAGAAUGGAGAAAGGCCUGGGCAUUAUUUGUAGAAAUGUCGAGGGAAGGCAUAUUGCAAAAUGUAUUUACUUAUACUUGCAUGAUUGAUGGAUUUUGCAAGUCAAACCGGAUAGAUUUGGCCACCUGGCUGUUUGAUGAAAUGAACAGAGCUUCAGUUAUUCCUGAUGUUGCAACUUACAGUGUCCUCAUUGCUUGGUACCAUAAGCAUGGGCACAUUGGCCAAGCACAGAAGCUAUAUGAUGUAAUGAAGGAAAAGGGUGUUUUGCCAGAUGAUAUAAUUCAUAAUAUUCUAGGUCUGAAGGCAUCUAAAGUUCAAGAAGGUUAGGCAGCGGUAUUAGGGCUUCCAUCAUAUCCAGCUGAUCUUUGCCCGGAUACAAGUAAAGGAAGACACUGUUUGUAAUCAAUGUCCUGAAGCAAAUGUACGGUCAUGAUUCCACCUUACCUUUAAAAUGCUUGCUAGAUGACAGAUUAUGAGCGCUUGGUGUGCAUAGCAUUGGAAAAAACACUUGCAUCAGUGCCUGAUGUUGUUUAUUGUCCAACAUGUGAAAUCCCUAUGUAGAGGAUGAAGCAUUGAAGCCCAGAUGCUCGAUGCCCAAAAUGUUUUAUUUCAAGCUUUUACAGCCUUUGCAGAAAAUGCAGCUACACUGGCAUACCAUGCAUGAGUGUAGAUAUGAAGCUUCAGAUUUUUCUGUAUAGGACUGUCAAAAUUUAAAUCAUUUAAAGGAAGAUUGAAAGCGUAGGGAUUGAGAAAGAGGAAUGAAAUGCUCAGUAUGAAAGAUUGAAAGCGUAGGGAAUUCCAAGCUAUGCCCUUCUUGUGACAGCAAUUUCCCGAACUGAAGGUUGUAACAAAAUGAAAUGUGGUAAUUGUGAGCAAUACUUCUGUUACCGCUUCAACAAAGCAAUUCAUCCAUCAAAUCCGGAUGGACAUUUAAGGGAUGGCUCAUGUGAGCUGUUCCCCCGAGCAAUGGCUGAGUCCUGGCAAGAGCGGAAAUCAUCGCCAGGCAGUAGGACGAUUACAGGCCGAGCUUUUACCUCAGCGUGGCUUGGCAUGUCCUAAUAGUCGUCAAUUUAAUGUAAAGCUGCCGGGAGCUCUAUUAUAAUAUCUACUAGAGAAGUGACCUUCCAGUUUUUAAUCUACUAUAUAUUUUGGAGAGAUACAACUAUGUUAGAUGAGUUUUACUAUUAUGGAUUUAAAGAUGGUUAUAGAGGAAAAGCUAAGGCAAAUGUGGUUAAUGGAAGGAGAUAUUUGCAGAUCCGAUGUUCUUGUUCUCCAGAAUUACUCGUGUUUCCCUUUUCAGAGGUGUAUAUAUAUGUAUGAACAUGUGAUUACUCCAGCACCUGUAUAUUUUCUUUCCAUGGGUACUAGAACUGUUGUGUUAUUAAUAUUUUAUUGUUUGCUAAUUAUAUUUAAUAAUUUCAAAUG